AUGAGGAGUCCAGUGCUAGUCACUGGAGCUACUGGAUACAUUGCGGGCUGGAUCAUAAAGAAACUCUUGGAGGAGGGAGUUAUUGUGCAUGCUACAGUUCGGGACCCCACCAACGAGAAGAAACUAGAGCACCUCAAAAAGUUAGACAUGGAGAAUCCUGGUCAAUUGAAACUAUUCAAAGCCGACUUGUUGGAAGCAGGCUCAUUUGCCGAAGCAAUGCAAGGUUGCACGGCUGUUUUCCACAUAGCAUCACCAUUUACGACCCGAUUCGUCGAUGUGCAGAAAGAUUUGGUAGAUCCAGCGUUUUUGGGUACUAAGAACGUGUUGGAGACGGUGAAUAAAACUGCUACUGUGGGUAGAGUGGUUGUGACUAGCAGUAUUGUAGCCAUCUACGGAGACAACAAAGAUAUCGAAUUAGCUCCCAAUAAGAUUUUGACAGAGAGACAGUGGAACACCACAUCAACUCUAGAACAUAAUCCUUAUCGAUAUUCGAAAACAUUGGCCGAGAAGGAAGCAUGGCGGAUCCACGAUGCUCAAUCCAGAUGGAAAUUGGUAGCUCUUAAUCCAUCGCUUGUUUUCGGACCCAGCUUGGCACAAACUGGAUCAGAGAGUUUCACAUUAAUGCUUCAGUACGGAGAUGGCACUAUGAUGACUGGAUGCCCUAAGCUUGGCUUCGGAGUUGUUGAUGUUCGAGAUGUUGCAGAGGCUCAUAUUAGGGCAGCAUUUUCUGACGACGCUAAGGGCAGAUACUUAAUCAGUGGGGGUAAUACAAGCAUUUUAGAAGUGAGUAGGGCGCUCCAAUCGCAAUUCGAAGGGUUUCCGCUUCCUAAAUUUGAGCAUCCGAAGGCUUUUGCAUGGGUAAUAGGUCCAUUGGUGACAAAAAGAUUAACGAGAAAGUUUGUUGCGCUUAAUGUUGGGUUUCCAUUCAAGGCAGACAACUCAAAGAGUGUUAUUGAGUUGAAGCUUGAGUAUAGACCCUUGCACGAAACAGUCCAAGAAUUUUUUCAGGAGCUCGUUGACAACAAAAGGUUAAAGCCGAAAUGA